UCCGGAAAUAGGGGGCGUUAGCGGAAGUGACGUUCCGGAGAGCGACGCAAUUUCUGUUUGUGCGUGGCCGGCCAAAGCUGGUGCAAUCGCUGCUGCUGGGAGAGACGGGAGCGCGUCCGCCGUGCAGGCCUGGGCAGGGACUUGCUGUUAACAAGACAACUGUUAAAACAUGGUGGAUUAUUAUGAUGUUCUAGGAGUGCAUAGGCAUGCCUCACCAGAAGACAUUAAAAAAGCGUACCGCAAACUAGCUUUAAAGUGGCACCCCGAUAAAAAUCCAGACAACAAAGAAGAAGCUGAGAGGCGAUUCAAACAAGUAGCUGAAGCAUAUGAGGUUUUGUCAGAUGCUAAAAAACGUGACAUCUAUGACAAAUAUGGAAAAGAAGGCUUAAAUGAAGGAGGUGGAGGUGGAAGUCAUUUUGACAGCCCAUUUGAAUAUGGAUUUACAUUCCGUAACCCAGAAGAUGUCUUUAGUGAGUUUUUUGGUGGAAGGGACCCCUUCUCAUUUGACUUCUUUGAAGAUCCUUUUGAUGACUUAUUUGGAAACAGACGAGGUCAACGUGGGAACAGAAACAGAGGUGGUGGGCCAUUUUUCUCUGCAUUUAGUGGAUUUCCUGCAUUUGGGAGUGGCUUUUCUUCAUUUGAUACAGGUUUUACUUCGUUUGGUUCACUGGGACAUGGGGGCCUUACUUCAUUCUCCUCUACGUCAUUUGGUGGCGGUGGGAUGGGUAGCUUCAAAUCGGUAUCAACUUCUACUAAAAUAGUUAAUGGCAGAAAAAUUACUACAAAGAGAAUUGUUGAGAAUGGACAAGAGAGAGUGGAAGUUGAAGAAGAUGGCCAGUUAAAGUCAUUAACAGUAAAUGGUGUGGCAGAUGAGGAAGCUCUUGCUGAGGAGUGCAGCCGUAGAGGACAACAGGCCCUACCUUUCCAGUCUACCAAUAUCCGCCUCCCGAAGUCCCACAAGCCUGCCACUUUCCCCAAACAUGCCUAUCAUAACGAUGAGGUGGAAGAACAAGAUAGAGCUCGGGUUACAAGCAGCUUGGAGACCCCUUUUUAUACAUCAGGCCACCAGUGGGACACAGACCACAGCUUAAGAACCACUGCUGCAGCACAACGCCUGAGAUAAGACUAAGGACACAAAGAAGGCAGCAAGAGGAGGAAGCAGAAGCAGAGAGAGGAACAGAAGAAGAAGAAGCCAACCAAAGGGAAUCACUAAAAUGGACUCCUCCGAUAUUCAAUACCUUUACAAUGAUACCAUAUGUUGUUGUUACAUUUGAGCACACUUUUUUUGUGUAUAUUUUAUUUUGAUUGUAUACACUCUUAGUAAGGAAGAGGACUCGUGUUUAAAACUACACUAAAAUUGCACUGUAUUACCCUUUAGCAGCACAGAGUGGCUUUUUUGCCAGUCAGACUGGGGACUUCAAAGUAGGCUGAUCUUGGUUAGAGGUGCAUUGUGUUUGAAACUUGGAAAAUCUUGCAGAAUCACUUACUUCUUCCUUCCCGGCAACUAGAUCUACUGUAGUCUUGUGUUUUCCUCUAGGAUAUAAGGGGUUGUAACAAUGUCUCUUUAGGUCUACUCCUUCUGGUAUCCUCAGGCUUGUUAACAUAUCUGAGUUAAUCCUUGAUCCUAUUCCUACUGAAAUCAAUAGAAGCUUUCCCAUUGACUUCGGUGAGAGUAGGACUAAGCCUUUAGAAACUAGUUUUAAGAAACAAUCUAGUAAUAAGUAUGUAAACUUCAUAAUUGCAUUUUACAUUAACUUUUUUCUAACCAAGGCAGAAAAAAUUAUUUCUGUUAUGAUGAUUUAAAUAUGCUGUCACAUUUAUGUUGCAUUUUGAAGUUACAUCUGGUGAUUUAAGAAAGCCAGUGUGAUUCUGGUCUCCUGUAAAUAUUCAUACUGAUUCAUUAUGCAUGGUAGACUCCUGGUGAGUCACUGAGUGAAAUCAUUCCUUGUAUUUUUCAUCAUUUUCAAUUUCUACAAAGUCUCUCCAGACAAAUUAUCUAAAUGUUAAUUUACUUUAAAUUUACACUUGAUUUCUGCAGAGUGAUUUCAGAUCCUGAACACGUUUUCAGGUUCCAUAUGAUUCUAGCAAGUAAUUCUUUGCAGAAAUAUAUAUCUAGAAUGUCAGUCACACAUGAGGAAAGUAUAUUUUACAUCAGUUAUAUGGCAGGACUAAACUUUUAAGUUUGGAAACAUUUUCCUCACUUUAAAAGAAAUAUUUUGAGUCUGGCAAGAUUGCUUCCUUGCUUCCCAUAAUUGUUCUAUGUGCAUGUCACACUGCUUCUCCUAACCUUUUAACUGAGCACUAAGUAGAAUCUUUCUAUUGUCUUAACUACUUUCCUGCAUGUUCCUUGCCAGUGGGUUGCCUUUUCUCUUUAACCUAUGAAUACUAGUUAUCGGACAUGUUUUCAUUUUGUUCUUUUGUCUCUGCUCUUUUUGCUUUUAUGUUGGUGAUGUAACUGACUUAAACCUGGCACUGUUGGAAACCCAAAUUUCCUGGAGAAAUUCACUCACCUUGGUAUUUACAAAAUGUAGCAAUGCACAUGAUGUAAAGAAGAUGCUAAAGAGAAGUAAAAUCUGCUGUUCUAGAAUGACUGUUAAAAUAUGAGAAAUCUUGGUAAUCUACAAUAUUUGGAUGGUUUAGCAUAUGAUGCUUGCAUUAGGAAAAUGUAACCGUAUGCAGAUUGUUAGGGUACUUAAAUUAGGUUUAUCUGAAAUUUAAGAUUGAGAACAGUUUUUGUUUGUCACUUAAGUACCACUUAAUUGUUUUGUGCGGUGUUACUAAUAUUUAAAAAUAAAGACAAUUCUCUUUA